AUGGGCAAGUGCAGUGGGCGCUGCACGCUUGUCGCUUUCUGCUGCCUGCAGCUGGUGGCUGCACUGGAGCGGCAGAUCUUUGACUUCCUGGGCUACCAAUGGGCUCCCAUCCUGGCCAACUUCCUGCACAUCAUGGCGGUCAUCCUGGGCAUCUUCGGCACCGUGCAGUAUCGCUCCCGGUACCUCAUUCUGUAUGCAGCCUGGCUGGUGCUCUGGGUUGGCUGGAAUGCAUUUAUCAUCUGCUUCUACCUGGAGGUUGGACAGCUGUCCCAGGACCGGGACUUCAUCAUGACUUUCAACACAUCCCUGCACCGCUCCUGGUGGAUGGAGAAUGGGCCUGGCUGCCUGGUGACACCUGUUCUGAACUCUCGCCUGGCCUUGGAGGACCACCAUGUCAUCUCUGUCACUGGCUGCCUCCUUGACUAUCCCUACAUUGAAGCCCUCAGCAGUGCCCUGCAGAUCUUCCUGGCACUGUUCGGCUUCGUGUUCGCCUGCUACGUGAGCAAAGUGUUCCUGGAGGAGGAGGACAGCUUUGACUUCAUCGGUGGCUUUGACUCCUACGGAUACCAGGCACCCCAGAAGACGUCGCAUUUACAACUGCAGCCUCUGUACACGUGGGUCAUGGCGCUGAGCUGGGUCAGGGUAGCUUCUGCCAGGCGCCGCACCCUUGGCUUCUGGACUGCCGGCGGCUGCAGCGAGCACAAGCCAAGAUGGGCAGGCGGGCGCGCCCUCUGGCGGCUCAUGGACAGACUGCAGCCUGUGCCGGCCCCUCCUGGGUCUACAGCCGAAGUGGACUUGGACUUGGCCCUUCCUCAGCCGGGACUUCAGGAGCGGGUCCCUAAGACUGGGUCUGCUAUACCCAUGAUCACCUUCCCUCAACAACUCCACCAACUCCUGAUGGCUCCAUCCACUUCACCACUUGGCAAGCCUGUGGUCCCAGAGGGGAAAAGGGCUAGUCAGCACUGCCUAGACACCAGGGUUUACAGAUCGCCAUCGUCUAUGGCCACUUAA